CACACUGCAAAGAGGAUAUAUAUCUUAUCUCUUAGAACGUAGUAUAACUACACUCAACAGUGCUAACCAAGAAACAAAGGAUUAGAACUGCUUGCCACUCUGAAAACAAAUAACAUGAAUGUUACAGAGAACAGUUUGUCCAGUACAGUGAACGAAUAUGAUUAUUCGGCGUUCUCAGUUUACUAUGUCAAGAAGUCCGACACAAUAUCUUCUAUUUUCAAGCCCGCUCUAUUCUGCAUUUUAUUUACUUGUGGACUUGUUGGGAAUUCCCUGGUCCUGUGGGUAUUAAUAUAUUUUAAGAAGAUGAACUCUUUGACUGACCUUUAUCUUCUCAACAUGGCUAUUUCUGACUUGAUGUUUAUAGUGUCAUUACCAUUUGUCGUGUACCAGCUCCUCAAUGAAUGGGUGUUUGGCGAUUUUAUGUGCAAGAUAUUGGCUGCAAUGUUUUUCAUUGGGUUUUUUAGCGGUAUAUUCUUGAUAACAGUCCUGAGUGUAGACCGGUAUCUAGCCAUUGUCCAUGUUGUAUCUUCACUCAAAUUUAGAACUAGGAAACUAGGACUGUUUAUUACCUUUGUCGUGUGGACUUUCUCUUUUUUGUUGUCUGCAACAAACUUUAUAUUUGUCAGAGCGGAGACGAACAAAGGCUUCACGGACUGUACAGCUGUCUAUCCAGGAAACCCCACACUUUGGACCCUCCUGUCAUACUUUCAAGUCAAUAUCUUUGGUUUAGUUAUCCCUCUGCUGAUUUUAGUGUUCUGUUACUCACAGAUUAUCAGUACUUUACACCGCAGCAAGAGUAUGCAGAAGAGAUAUGCAGUGAAGCUGAUCCUUAUACUUGUCCUGGUGUUCUUCGUAUUCUGGGCUCCCUAUAACAUAGUUGUCUUUUUACGCAUAUUAAACCUGUUGGGUAAAUUUGAUGAUCCGGAAUAUGAUGAGAAGCUGAAAACAGCAAUGGAAGUAUCUCAAACAAUCUCUUUUUUGCAUUGCUGUUUAAAUCCUAUCAUUUACACUUUUGCUGGAGACAAUUUUAAGAAGCAUCUUUUCUGCAUGUUCAACAAGCUGUUAAAGUACAUGAAUAUUAACAGAAGAUGUGGAUCGUUCGAGAAAGGCAGCGUUGAUCGAUCAUCCAUUACAGGACCAAAUACACGAUCUGUUUCUUCAGAUGCCAUUCUUUGAAUUCAUUAUUUGAUGACUAUAAGCUUGUAUUCUGUAAAUAUAUAAAUAUCUACCAAAAAAAUGAGACUGUUAUUGCUUCCCUUAAAGGGGUACUCCACUGGAUACUCUUUUUUUUUUUUUAAAUCAACUGGUGCCAGAA